GAGAGACAACAAAGGAGGGAGUGUAGGCUAUUUCUUUCAGGGACUGGGGAAGCGCUUCUGUGACCUCCCAUUCCACCGCGCCUGUCCAAUCGGUUCCGGCUAUGCACAUUUCCCAAGCUGCGCCGCACCGACCCUGCCCUGGUGGGUGACGUCAUUCGCACAUAUCCCCAGUAGUGCUGUCUGGCUCUGCAGCAAGUCAGACAGAAACAGAAAAGAGCUGAGUGUGUGAGUCCAGUCGGGAGGGGCUCUUUGAAGGAAUAUUACCACCGCCGGCGUUCAAGCCAAGCCAACCUACAACUCUGGAAUAGGCAUUCAUGUGCCCUCCACAAGACGCAUUUCGGGAGUCGGGCUCAACAACAAGAAAAUAGGUCCAUUUGGGGUAGGGCGGAUUGCUUGCACUGGUUUUGUAACUGCGAGAGGAGAAAGAGAAAACCGCACUGAUUUGCACCAUUGGCUUGAAACCGGUCGAGUGCCCCAUUUUUCCCAUCAUCACUCCUUUUCCAACCCAGCUUCCGUGUUUUCCCUUCUUUGUUCGCGCUCAGUGCUCCAGACUGCAAAAACGAAAAGAUGCCUAGCUCGCUGUUCGCGGAGAUGGAGAGGAAUGGGAGCAACCAGGAGAACGCCCUGGACGACCAGAGAGCCCUGCAGUUAGCCCUGGACCAGCUCUCCUUGCUCGGCUUGGACAACGACGAGAACGGGCUAUAUGACAACGAGUCUAGCCGGAAGAGUGUCAACAUGACCGAAUGUGUCCCUGUGCCUAGUUCGGAGCAUGUAGCUGAAAUUGUCGGUAGACAAGGAUGCAAAAUCAAAGCGCUACGAGCCAAGACCAACACCUACAUCAAGACGCCCGUGCGUGGCGAGGAGCCGGUGUUCGUGGUGACAGGGAGGAGGGAGGACGUCGCUAUGGCCAGGAGAGAGAUCAUCUCUGCGGCCGAGCACUUCUCCAUGAUCCGGGCCUCCCGGAACAAGAACACAAGCAUCAACGGGACGACGGGGAGGUGGUACCCGGCCCCUGGACCCCCCAACCUACCGGGCCAGACCACCAUCCAAGUCCGCGUUCCUUACAGGGUGGUUGGGCUGGUCGUGGGUCCCAAGGGGGCCACCAUCAAGCGUAUCCAGCAGACAACCCACACCUACAUAGUGACUCCCAGCCGGGACAAGGAGCCCGUGUUUGAGGUGGCGGGCAUGCCUGAGAACGUGGACCGCGCUCGGGAGGAGAUCGAGGCCCACAUCACCAUGCGGACUGGUGGCCUCAUUGAGCUCCAGGACGAGAACGACUUCCAUGCCAACGGCACGGACGUCGGGUUUGACAUCCAUGGCCACCCCACCCUGUGGUCCAAGCCCAGUAACCCGCAGAGCGCCGCCCCGACGUCUGGACGCAAACCUUUCUCCAACUACCGCAACGACUCAUCAUCCUCCCUGGGCAGCGCGUCCACAGAUUCCUACUUUGGCACCAACAGCGGCUCGCGUAUGGCGGACUACAGCCCCCCCUCCCCGGCGCUCAGCUACACCGCCACCAACGGCAACAACAACAACAACAACCUGAACAUCAACACCAACGGGAAUGGCUUUGUCUAUGGUGGCGACGUCAUCUCGCCCGACUGCACUGACAUGACCUUCGGCGACACCUCGCCCGGGUUCAACCCCACGCCGGCCCCGCCCGGCCUCCUCUGGUCCCAGUACGAGCGGGGGAUGACUCCCUCCUCCUCCUCCUCCAGCUCCCCUACCUCCACCUCCUCCGCUAUCUACCCAUCAGCCAAUGCUUCCACGAACGCCAACGGGAUGGCGACGAGCCAGAGGAGGAUGAACGGCGGCUCUACCCCCCAGCCUCGCUUGUCCCCACCCCUCCACAACAACCACGCGCCGGAGGCCACCGAUCACCCCCUGGCCCGGAGAGUCCGCAGCGACCCGGAAGGAACCCUGGGCUUCACCGGGUACCCCAGCUCCAACGGCAUGGCCUCCCUGCCCGGGCCCCACCUCCCCGGGGUGCCCUGCGACUCCUCAGCCUCCUCUUCAUCCUCUUCCUCCUCCACCAGCCGGAAGGGCAGUCGCGACUGCUCCUUGUGCUUCGAGAGCGAAGUAAUUGCAGCUCUGGUGCCCUGUGGCCACAACCUCUUCUGUAUGGAGUGUGCCAACCGCAUCUGCCAGAGGAGUGAACCCAAAUGCCCCGUGUGCCACACUGGGGUCACUCAGGCCAUACGUAUAUUUUCAUAAGACGUUGUCUCUAUGACUCUCUGACUAUGAUGUUAUUACCAAGAUGACCAAGUCUUUCUUGACUGACAAUAUUACCAAGAUGACUACGAUAGCAACAACCACAACUAAAACAAGACUCUUGUUCUGCUUGAAAGGAUCCUAUACCGUAAUGUAUGGGGAUAUAUGUUUGUGUAUAUACAUAUGUAUGUAUAGGAAAGCUGCAGUAUCCAAAAAAGGGACAGACAACCCUCAUCAGGGCUCCGUCGUAAUUGUUUAUAACGUACUGUAGCUUGAGGGAGAAGGAUAUUUUCAACAUCUACAAAUGCAUGUUUCAAAUACUCCAGCAUAGUAAUCAGUAGUCGUAGUAAUGAAUUGUACACAACAUUUAUGAAGUUAGGAGAAGGGGAGAAAGGUCUUGGACUGAGGUACUUAAGAGUCGUUUCGUCAGACUGUUAAGCAGAGAAAAGCCUUCCAGUUUCACAGAUCCAAUGUAAGAGGGAGACACGGUGAGGAGAAGGAGAGGAGUUUGUCAGGACAGGACUAUUGACUUCUUCAAUUCUUGUAAGGUGAAGAUACUGCAGUUUAAGGUCAGCCAACCAUGUGAGGGAGUACAACAACAUAUCCUGCUUAUAUAUGUAUAGAAUGGGGGAAAUAUUCCACACAUCGAU